AUGAAAAAUCGCCUUAAAGAAAAAUUAGAAAAUGAUGAAACAUCCUCCAAAAUACUCAUGAAGUUGUCCAGAAAAGGAGUUUCGUUCGAUUAUUUGUGGGAUGAUAGAAUGCAUUCACAAUUACUUGCUGCAAAUCGCGUUAAAAAAGGUUACUACAUUAGAAAAUUGAAAGAAAGUUUGUGGAGUACUUUCGGUAUUAAUAGAAUAACGCCAUUCAAAGAUAAUUUCAGCAAACAACAGAUGCGAACAUGGAAAGCAAGUAAAAACAUUCAACAGGUUUAUGAAGAUUUAUACAAACCGAGCUACUUAGAUGAUCCAUCGUUUGAUACUUAUAUUUCGUUAAUAAUUAAAUCAGUUUUUGCAUCUGAUAAAGAGCGUACAAAUGAAAACGCCAUUUGGGUUCAAUCGGUAUUAGAAGUUAUAUUUGACAAGGAACACCUUUUGUCAAAAAUCGAUGCAGACAUUGUCGAUUUAUGGACUGGAAAUAUAAUAGAUACAGACGUGGAUUCUCAAGAAUGUGAAUGUGAGUCUUCACCCAAAACACCUAUAACACUUAUUGACGAUGAUGAUGAUGAAAUUAUUGGAGUUGAUCAUCGUGUUGAUGAUGUUUAUAAUGAGCAUACGAUGGACGAUAAUCAAGCAGCUGAUUUAGAAGUUGCUGAUUUAGAAGAAGAGCAAUAA